CUGUGUUUUCAGAUAAGCAAAGUCAACAUAAUACGUUUGCUGAAUCGACGCGGCAACCUGGGGCUUAUCGGAAUAGCGGAGAACGAUGGCUACCGGGUGUACAGGCAAAGUACGAAGCAAGCAACUCGAGCUUACUAUCGCUGCUCGCGCUGUGAUUGGCUGAAGAAGAAGAAUGGCGCCGGGCGAACGGCUUACAUCACGAUGGUCAACGAUGCAAUUGUGGGCACAGCCUAUCCGUUGCAUAACGAACUCUGCCAGCUGUACUCGCCAUCUGCGCUGCGCAUGAGGCAAUUCGAUCGGGAGACCAGGAAGGACAGCGCCAAAGAACCGAAGAUGGAUGAAGAAAACACGGCGGGUGAUAAUCAAGCAUGGCAAAUUGGACAAAAACGAGCGGACUGUUGGUCCGAGAAGAGCGACGCAUGUCUUCAUGACCGAACAUUCCCCGAGUAUAUCUUUGCUCAUUUUGGUGGCCCUGCUAGUUUUGAGCAGAGCUGUGUUUUACCGCCAAGGGAAGAAGUGAAUGUGGUUGCUAGCACAGCUGCCGCGUUAAGCACCAUCGACGACUUGACAAAACUUUCCGCUCCAGAGAACUGA